GUGCUCGUCACACCCCUUGAUUCUUCACAUGCGUCUUGUUAUUUGGUGUAAUACACGCUUCCUGCAUUCAGAUAUCAUUAUCAUUUGUAAGGCACUAUAUGCACCGAGAUCAAAGAUGGCUAACGGGCGAUGACUAGGCGCCCGCAUCCUCACAUGUGGCUGCUGGGGUCAGGGGUCUUGUUUGCAAGCCAAAACGUGAGUCGGAAUACUGAGAACUUCAUUGACGUUUUCAGUGCAAUGCUCGGAGUAUGCUGUAAAGGCGGACUUGCGGUGGAGUAUCAAUCACGUACCCGCCUGGCACAUGAUUUUGCAACCGAGGUGACAGAUUGGCCACAGGUUCUGGGCGGCGACCGAGUACAAGGCGACCAUGCAUGUAACGGUCCGGUGUGUACUGAAGUGGUGUGUGCCUGCUGCGAACGUGGUAACCUCGGCACUGAAUGUACCUGGAUCCUGUUCAAAGUUCCCAUAACCUCAAAUUCCAUGCGGACAGUUUCCAGAUAACCAUGAAGCAGAGCCUGCCUGAAGUCCCAAAUAUCAGAGGGACAUUUAUGCAAUACCUACUACGAUAUAUUCAGAUAGAUGUGAUCUCGAGGAUGCACAAGUAGA